UCAAGCCUGUGUGAGGUUGUAUGGACGGAUGAUGGAAGAAAACAGCAGAGAACCUCUCGAUACUGAUAAUGAAGAGGGGGGAGAGGAUGCUUUGGUGGGGAAUGUGAACAAACUAAUGGUCACCCCUCCAGGAUACACUGGACCUCCCAAGAAAGGUCAUAUCAUCUUCGACGCCUGCUUUGAGAGUGGUAACCUGGGUCGUGUUGACUACAUCAGUGAAUUUGAGUUUGAUCUGUUCAUCAGGCCUGACACGUGUAACCCGCGCUUCAGAGUGUGGUUUAACUUCACAGUGGAAAACGUUCGAGAGACUCAGAGGGAAACAGACAGCAGAUAAUAGGUAUGAAGAAAGAUCCAGGCUCUGGUGUUCCAUACUAGGAGUGUA